AACAUAGAAUGUAGUAAAAUACUGUAUCCGUGUGAUGUUUCAACUCGCUUUGUACUCGCAGGGCUUCAAGACAACGGAUGCGGCGUUGCUAAAAGAAUGCGCAGCAAAGGGCUGGCAGGACGGCGCCUGCGCGGUGGCGGUGUGGGUGCUGCAGGAGCUGGUGCUGGUCGCGAACGUGGGGGACGCCAAGUGCAUCCUCGCGCGCCUUCCGGAGCAACCGGCGUCAUCAGCCGCCGACGCCCAGGCGCCCAAACCCAAGGCCAUCGUCCUAACAAAGGAGCACACGGCACUGAUUGAGCGGCAGCGCAUUGAGAAGGCGGGCGGCACGGUGGUGAACGGCCGACUGGCGGGCCGGAUACAGAUCUCCCGCUCCUUCGGUGACGCGGCCUUCAAGCGGCUGGGCUGCUCCGCCGCGCCCGACGUCACCGCCUUCCCGCUCACCCGCCGGGACCGGUUCAUGCUGCUGGGCUGUGACGGCUUCUGGGGGGUGUACGGCGCGCAGGAGGCGGUGGACGCGGCGGCGGCGCUGCUGGCUGAGGGCGCGGCGCCCAAGGCCGUGACCAACCGGCUGUUGUACGUGGCGGUGCGGGAGAAGAAGUGCAAGGACAACUGCAGCGUGCUGCUGGUGCAGUUCGCGUGAGGGCGGUGCGGCGGGGUGGGUUGCGGUUGUGGUUGUGGUUGGUGAUGUGCAUACAGGACUGGGGAUGGCGGUGGCGGUGGGGGUGGGGGUGGGGGUGGGGGUGGGGGUGUGACGGGGUGUGUGCAGGACGCAGCUGGUGGGCAUGGCGCGGCGUGAUGGGCAGGAGCGUGGCGAGCCGGUGUGUGUGUGUGUGUGUGUGUGUAUGUGAAAAAACGAAACGAAAGCCCGCCCAGUGUGUGUGUGUGUGUGUUUGUGUGUGUGUGUGUGUGUGUGUGUGUGUGUGUUGUGUGAUAUAGCAUGUCAGGUGGCACACUGGCACGUUGACAUGUGCAGGGAGCAUUGGAGCAAGAGAGCGCGUGUGACAGCGGAAGUAGCUGGGUUGUCUGGUGUGGUUUUGAGAGGCAGAGAGGCAUGGACAGGGACCGAGUCACUGUCAAUUGCAGGUAAUCUGGGAGGGCUCGUGACUCGUGAGCAAUGAGUGGCAUGGGCUGGCACAGGGCUGCAGAACUGGUGCAGUGUUAGUAUGUGUGCGAAAAUGCGAAAUGACAGACGAGGACACGAGGAACUUUCAUUUGGAGGACAGCGUGGGGGUCCAGCUGCCUGGCUACCUGGCUGCACCGCCAGCGCAUGCGGCAUGCCGCCAGUUGGGCGCGGCCCAGACGUAACGAAGCGCCAGUAACGUAGCGGGUGCCACACCGCUGUCCACGGUUCUGCACGCACUCGUGCCGCACGUGUGGGAGCCGCCGUCAAGAGUGUGACAUGACCAGCAGGGGCAAUGCGAGCAGGUCCGAAAUCGGACAGCUGACAAGUGUGCCGUGUUCCGCGGAGAGUAUGUGAAUUGGAAUGGUUUGGGGAGGGGUUCGGAGUUCGGACGGGGCUGCUGCUGCUGCUGCUGCUGCUGCUGCUGCUGCUGCUUGAGUGCUUGAACACUCCGCUUGAACACUCGGCGGAUGAUGACACCUCGACACCUGGUGCCGGAAUGACGUGUCAUGUGUGAAGACAGGUGGUGGACACGCACACAGCCACAGACACGUGCUGCACAGACACGUCCAUUCUUGCGGCGGUGCGCUGCUGCAUCCGUCUGCAUCCCACCCCGACUCUCAGAGACCCCGACUCGCAGAGAGCCAGAGACCCAGCAGAUGCGGAACGGCCCUGCUGCAGGCAAGGCUGUGCGGAGGGCUGUGCAGUGUGCGGCGGAUACACGUACGGUUUUGUGUUUCAUAGAUGAGCCAAGAUGCUUC